GUUUCGGUCGAGAGCGCACCUCGACACUAUAUUUACCAGAGAUUCACUAUGCCAGCACCACCAUUCGGCACAGCGUCAGCGUACACGGAUUCUUUCCCAGCGCCGCCACCAAAGCAGGUAACGGUUACAGCAGAAACAUGUUACAAUCUCGGCGUCUUCAGAGAUAUUGUCAGGCAAUAUAGAAAGCUUGAUGACCAAAUUAUAAUUCGGCUGAAUAGAGCGCAAGCAGAGCUCCGAGAUCAUACAAGGACGUCGACCGGAGGUUCAUGGAUCGGUGGCGGAGUCAAGUCGAUGGAUGGUGCAGAAGGCAUGUGUGUCAAGAUAUGGAGCGAGAUGAUGGCUGGGUGGGCACACAGACAGACACUCUUGACAUUCUGCAGCCAAACAGUCCAGUCUUCUGUCGAAGGAAAAAGAAACGAAGGAGGACAUGUAAGAGGGAUCAAGGAAGAAGAGGUUUUGGCCGACCAAUUAGCAAGUGAAGAGAGUAUCGAAGCCAUCAUUCGCAAACGAACGCUUGAGGCCUUUAAAUCCAGAUGUCCUUUCUUCACGCCUUCAGAUACCACCUCUAAAGCAUGGUUUAAUCUCGCGGACAGAGGGCUGAAAGGCCAUGGACCAGAUCUUCCUUAGGCCUGGCCAUUAUCCAUCCGCAUCAACCACCCAUCUCGUCUGUUGUAUAAUCACAUCAUCUUCCAGCAAUCAAAGUAAUCUACCCAGCGCACCCCAAUGCAAUGCAUAGAUACAGUGCACAGAAAAAACAAACA